AUGAGUGAUUUGCCUCCACCACCUGGAUGGCAACCUACACCACCACCACCUCCACCUCCAAGUAAUGGUAAUGGAGGAUUCCCACCACCACCACCUCCUCCAUCUGGUAAUGGAUUUCCUUUACCACCUCCACCACCUCCCCCACCAUCAUCAAAACCACCAGCUCCACCAACAUCAUCAUCAUCAUUUAAUAAAGAAGAAUUAGAUAUUAAGAAACGUAAAUGGUUACAAUUACAGAAAAAACGUUAUACAGAAGUUCGUUCUAAAACAGGUACAUUUGUUCAUCCACAAAAAGUUGAUAUGCCACCUGAACAUUUACGUAAAAUUAUAUUUGAUCAUGGUGAUAUGUCUUCAAAAAAAUUUGCAUCUGAUAAACGUUCAUUUUUAGGUUCAUUAAAAUAUAUGCCUCAUGCUAUAUUAAAAUUAUUAGAAAAUAUGCCACAACCUUGGGAACAAACAAAAGAAGUUAAAGUUUUAUAUCAUAUUACUGGUGCUAUAACUUUUGUUAAUGAAAUUCCAAGAGUUAUUGAACCAAUUUAUACUGCACAAUGGGCUUCAAUGUGGAUAAUGAUGAGACGUGAAAAAAGAGAUAGACGUCAUUUUAAAAGAAUGAGAUUCCCACCUUUUGAUGAUGAAGAACCUCCAUUAGAUUGGAAUGAAAAUUUACAAGAUUUAGAACCUUUAGAAUCUAUUCAAUUAGAAUUGGAUGAAGUUGAUGAUGAACAUGUUAUUGAUUGGUUUUAUGAUUCAAAACCUUUGAUUGAUGAAUUGGAUUUUGUUAAUGGUGAAUCUUAUAGAAAAUGGAAUUUAAAUUUAAAUCAAAUGAUUAAUUUACAUCGUUUAUCAAAUCCUUUAUUAUCUGAUAUUGUUAAUAAAAAUUAUUUUUAUCUUUUCGAUAAAAGAUCAUUUUUCACUGCUAAAGCUUUAAAUAAUGCUAUUCCUGGUGGUCCAAAAUUUGAACCUUUAUAUAAAGAUGUUGAAGAAGAAGAUUUUAAUGAAUUUAAUUCUAUAGAUAGAAUAAUUUUAAGAAUACCAAUAAGGACAGAAUAUAAAGUUGCAUUCCCACAUUUAUACAAUUCAUAUCCAAGAUCAGUUUAUAUUCCAUGGUAUUCAGACCCAGUUAAUUGUUAUAUUAAACCUGAUGAUCCAGAUUUACCAGCAUUUUAUUUUGAUCCAUUAUUAAAUCCAAUAUCACCAAGAUCAGUUUCAAAUUUGAAAACAGAUACUGAAAAAGAUAUCUUCAAUGAAGAAACUGGUGAAGAUUUAGAUGAUUUUACAUUACCUUUGGAUUUCAAACCAUUUUUAGCUGAUAAAGAAGUUGAACCUGAUAAUACAGCAAGUGCAAUUGAUUUAUGGUGGGCACCUUAUCCAUUCAAUCGUCGCUCUGGUAAUACUAAACGUGCACAAGAUGUUGCCCUGAUUAAAAAUUGGUAUUUAGAACGUCCAGAUCAUGAAUUACCUGUGAAGACCAGAGUCUCAUAUCAAAAAUUAUUGAAAACUCAUGUUUUAAAGGAACUUCAUAAAGCACCGUCAUCAAAUCAUCGUAAAAUUCAUCUUUUGAAAAGUUUAAAAAAUACAAAAUAUUUCCAAAGUACUACUAUUGAUUGGGUUGAAGCUGGUUUACAAGUUUGUCGUCAAGGUUUUAAUAUGUUGAAUUUAUUAAUUCAUCGUAAAGGUUUAACUUAUUUACAUCUUGAUUAUAAUUUUAAUUUAAAACCAACAAAAACUUUAACAACUAAAGAAAGAAAAAAAUCAAGAUUUGGUAAUGCAUUCCAUUUAAUGAGAGAAAUUUUAAAAGUUAUUAAACUUUUAGUUGAUGCUCAAGUUCAAUUCCGUCUUGGUAAUGUUGAUGCUUUCCAAUUAGCUGAUGGUAUUUAUUACAUUUUAAAUCAUUUAGGUCAAUUAACUGGUAUUUAUCGUUACAAGUAUAAAGUCAUGCAUCAAAUCCGUGCAUGUAAAGAUUUAAAACAUGUUGUUUAUUAUAGAUUUAAUAAUGUUAUCGGUAAAGGUCCAGGUUGUGGGUUCUGGCAACCUGCAUGGAGAGUUUGGUUAUUUUUCCUUAGAGGUAUUAUUCCAUUACUUGAAAGAUGGUUAGGUAACUUAUUAGCUCGUCAAUUUGAAGGUCGUUCAAAUGAAGUUGCUAAAACUGUUACAAAACAAAGAACCGAUGCUUAUUAUGAUUUAGAAUUAAGAGCUGCUGUUAUGAAUGAUAUUUUAGAUAUGAUUCCAGAAGGUAUUAAACAAAAUAAGGCUAAAACUAUUUUACAACAUUUGACUGAAGCUUGGAGAUGUUGGAAAGCUAAUAUUCCUUGGAAAGUUCCUGGAUUACCUGAACCAAUAGAAAAAAUUAUAGAACGUUAUGUAAAAGCUAAAGCUGAUGGUUGGACUUCAGCUGCUCAUUAUAAUAGAGAUCGUAUAAAACGUGGUGCUACUGUUGAGAAAACUGUUGCUAGAAAAAAUUUGGGUCGUUUGACUAGAUUAUGGAUCAAGAAUGAACAAGAACGUCAACAAAAUGUUGAAAAAGAUGGUCCAGCAAUUUCACCAAAUGAAGCUACUACAAUUUUCAGAACAAUGGUUAAUUGGUUUGAAAGUAGAAAUUUUGCACCAAUCCCAUUCCCACCUUUAAGUUAUAAACAUGAUACAAAAUUAUUGGUUUUAGCUUUGGAAAAUUUAAAGGAAUCAUAUAAUGCAAAAGGUCGUUUGAAUGCUAGUCAAAGAGAAGAAUUAGCUUUGAUUGAACAAGCUUAUGAUAAUCCACAUGAAUGUUUGAGUAGAAUUAAGAAAUUUUUAUUAACUCAAAGGGUUUUCAAAGAUGUUAGUAUUGAAUUAUUAGAUCAAUACCAUCAAUUAACACCAGUUUAUGAAGUUGAUCCUCUUGAAAAAAUUACAGAUGCUUACCUUGAUCAAUAUUUGUGGUAUGAAGGUGAUAAGAGACAAUUAUUUCCAAAUUGGAUCAAGCCAAGUGAUGCCGAAAUUCCACCAUUACUUGUUUACAAAUGGUGUCAAGGUAUUAAUAAUUUGAAUGACGUUUGGGAUACAUCAAAAGGUCAAUCUAAUGUUAUGUUACAAACUUCUCUAAACAAGAUUGCAGAGAAAGUUGAUUUUACAUUACUUAAUAGAUUGUUAAGAUUGAUUGUUGAUUCAAAUAUUGCUGAUUAUAUCACAGCUAAAAAUAAUAUUGGUCUAUCUUACAAAGAUAUGAGUCAUGUUAAUAAAUAUGGUUUAAUCAGAGGUCUACAAUUCUCAUCUUUUGUCUUCCAAUACUAUGGUUUAGUUUUAGAUUUGUUGAUUUUAGGUCUUGAUCGUGCUAGUGAACUUGCAGGUCCUGGAAAUUCACCAAAUGAGUUUUUACAAUUCAAAUCAUUGGAACAAGAAACUUCAAGUCCAAUAAGACUAUAUUCUCGUUACAUUGAUAAGAUUCAUAUUUUUUUCAGAUUUGAGGAAGAGGAUGCUCAAGAUUUGAUUCAAGCAUUCUUAUCAGAAAAUCCAGAUCCAAACUUUGAAAAUAUCAUUGGUUACAAUAAUCGUCGUUGUUGGCCAAGAGAUAGUCGUAUGAGAUUGAUGCGUCAAGAUGUUAAUCUUGGUAGAGCUGUUUUCUGGGAAAUUCAAGGCCGCAUUCCAAGAGCUUUAGCUACAGUUCAAUGGGAAGAUACACUUGCUUCGGUUUAUAGUAAAGAUAAUCCAAACUUGUUAUUCACUUUAUGUGGAUUUGAAAUUAGAAUAUUACCAAAAUCAAGAAUGGAAGAAGUUACAUCAUCUACUGAAGGUGUUUGGGAUUUAAUUGAUCAAAACACAAAACAACGUACUGCUAAGGCAUUCCUUCAAGUUACAGAAGAAGAAAUUGAAAAAUUCCAUAACCGUAUUCGUCAAAUUUUGAUGUCUUCAGGAUCUACAACAUUCACAAAGAUUGCAGGAAAAUGGAAUACUGCGUUAAUGUCUUUAUUUACAUACUUCAGAGAGGCUGCAGUAUCAACUGAAGCUCUUUUAGACGUUUUGGUUAAAUGUGAAACUAAAAUACAAACUCGUGUUAAAGUUGGUUUGAAUUCUAAAAUGCCUACUCGUUUUCCUCCAGCAGUUUUCUAUACUCCAAAGGAAUUGGGUGGUUUAGGUAUGUUAAGUGCUUCACAUAUUUUGAUUCCUGCAUCAGAUUUAAGUUGGUCUAAACAAACCGAUGCUGGUAUUACUCAUUUCCGUUCUGGUAUGUCACAUCCUGAAGAAAAGAUUAUUCCAACAAUUUUCAGAUAUAUUACAUCAUGGGAGAACGAAUUUUUGGAUUCUCAAAGAGUUUGGGCUGAUUAUGCUAUUAAGCGUCAAGAAGCUUUACAACAAAACCGUCGUUUGGCAUUUGAAGAAUUAGAAGGUUCAUGGGAUAGAGGUAUUCCAAGAAUUAGUACUUUGUUUCAAAAAGAUCGUCACACUCUUGCUUAUGAUAAAGGUCAUCGUAUUCGUCGUGAAUUCAAGCAAUUUUCUUUAGCUCGUUUCAAUCCAUACUGGUGGACAAGUAGUCAUCAUGAUGGUAAAUUAUGGAACUUGAACGCAUAUCGUACAGAUGUUAUCCAAGCAUUAGGUGGUAUUGAAACAAUUUUGGAACAUACGUUAUUCAAAGCAACAGGUUUUGAUUCAUGGGAAGGUUUAUUCUGGGAGAAAGCUAGUGGUUUUGAAGAUUCAUUGAAGUUCAAAAAAUUGACAAAUGCCCAAAGAUCUGGUUUAAGUCAAAUUCCAAAUCGUCGUUUCACUUUGUGGUGGUCACCAACAAUUAAUCGUGCUAAUGUUUAUGUUGGUUUCUUAGUCCAAUUAGAUUUGACUGGUAUUUUCUUACAUGGUAAAAUCCCAACUUUGAAGAUUUCCUUGAUUCAAAUCUUCCGUGCUCAUUUAUGGCAAAAAAUUCAUGAAAGUGUUGUUUUUGAUCUUUGUCAAGUUUUAGAUGGUGAAUUAGAAGUAUUACAAAUUGAUAGUGUUCAAAAGGAGUCAAUUCAUCCACGUAAAUCAUACAAGAUGAAUUCAUCAACAGCAGAUAUUACAAUCAAUGGUUCAUACAGAUGGGGUGCUAGUUCCCCUUCAUUGCUCCAUGAUACAAAUGAUGAUAUGACUGUUACAUCUAGUGAUAAAUUUUGGGUUGAUGUUCAGUUGCGUUAUGGUGAUUAUGACUCUCAUGAUAUUUCACGUUAUGUUCGUGCUAAGUUUUUGGAUUAUACAAAUGAUGAUUUGUAUCCAUCACCAACAGGUGUUUUAGUUGGUAUUGAUUUGGCUUACAAUAUGUAUGAUGCUUAUGGUUCCUGGUUCCCAGGUUUCAAACCUUUGAUGCAAAGUGCAAUGAAGACAAUUAUGAAAGCUAAUCCAUCAUUAUAUGUUUUACGUGAACGUAUUAGAAAAGGUCUUCAACUUUAUCAAGCUCAACCACAACAGGCGUUUUUGAAUUCCAACAAUUAUGCAGAACUUUUCAGUAAUGAUACACAACUUUUUAUUGAUGAUACUAAUGUUUAUCGUGUUACUGUUCACAGAACUGUUGAAGGUAACUUGACUACAAAACCAAUCAAUGGUGCAAUUUUCAUUUUGAACCCAAAGACUGGUCAAUUGUUCUUGAAAGUCAUCCAUACUUCAGUUUGGUCAGGUCAAAAACGUUUAGGUCAAUUAGCUAAAUGGAAGACAGCUGAAGAAGUUGCUGCUUUGAUUCGUUCCUUACCAAGUGAAGAACAACCUAAACAAUUGAUUAUCACAAGAAGAUCAAUGUUGGAUCCAUUAGAAGUGCAUAUGUUGGAUUUUCCAAAUAUUUCAAUCAGACCAUCAGAAUUGAGUUUACCAUUUGCUGCUGCUUUGAAGAUUGAUAAAUUACAAGAUUUAGUUUUGAAAGCUACUGAACCUCAAAUGGUGUUGUUUAACUUAUAUGAUGAUUGGUUGAAGUCUAUUUCAUCUUAUACUGCAUUCUCACGUUUGAUCUUGUUGUUACGUGCAUUAAAUGUCAAUACUGAACGCACUAAAUUAAUUUUACGUCCGGAUAGCUCUGUCAUUACUCAAGAACAUCAUAUUUGGCCAUCAUUCACUGAUAAUCAAUGGGUUGAUGUUGAAACAAAACUACGUGACUUGAUUUUGAAUGAUUAUGGUAAGAAACAUAAUAUCAAUAUUGCAUCUUUAACUCAAGCUGAAAUUAGAGAUUUGAUUUUAGGUCAAGAUAUCAAGGCACCUUCUGCUAAGAGACAAGAAAUUGCAGAAAUUGAAGGUCAAAAUGAAGAAGCAUUGACAGGUGUUAAAGUCAAGACUAGAAAUGCUCACGGUGAAGAAAUUGUUGCUCACGUUUCAAGUAAUUAUGAACAACAAUCAUUUACAUCCAAAACUGAGUGGCGUAAAUUGGCCAUCUCAGCUUCUUUGUUACAUAUGCGUACCAAAAAUAUUUAUGUUGCAUCUGAUGAUUUUGUUGAAGAUAAAACUACAUACAUCAUGCCAAAUAAUAUGUUGAAAAAAUUCAUUCAAAUUUCAGAUACAAGAACACAAAUUGGUGGUUAUAUUUUUGGUUCAUCACCUGCUGAUAAUGAUAAGAUCAAGGAAAUAAAAUCAAUUGUUUUACCUCCACAAACAGGGUCCAUAAAUGCUUUACAUUUAAGUAAGUUACAAGAGUCUAAUUGGUUAGAAGGUCUAGAAUUAUUGGGCUGGAUCCAUACACAAUCACAAGAAUUCAAUUAUAUGUCCGCAAGUGAUGUUACAACUCAUUCCAAAUUAUUUGAUGAUGAGAAUACUGAUCUGGUUGAUAUUGCUGUUUCAUUGACUACUGGUUCUGUAUCAUUAAGCUGUUUCACUUUAACCCCUGAAGGUUAUAAAUGGGGUCGUCAAAAUAAGAACAUUGAUAUUGCACCAGAAGGAUUCAAGCCAGAAUUUGGUGAUAUUGGUCAGCUGAUUUUAUCAAGUAAUAUUAUGGGUAAUUUCUUAGUCCCAAGUACAAGUAUUUGGAAUUAUUCUUUUAUGGGAACCAGAUUUAACCCUGAACUUGAAUAUGAUUUAAAAAUUGAUAUUCCAGUUGAAUUUUACCAUGAAUUACACCGUCCAAAUCAUUUCAUUGCUUUCAAUGAGCUUGAACAUAAGGUCAGCUUAGAGGCUGAACAAGAAGAUGUUUUUGCCUAA